GGCCAAACAGCCCGGGUUCACCGACCGCCCAGCGCGCACCUUGCCGGGAGUUCACCCAGCGAGACGCCGGCCUCCGUCCUCAAGCCCAGGGAAAACUCCAGCCGCACCAGAAGCUGAGUCCGGAAGCCGCGCGCCGCCACACGCCAUGAGCGGCCCCCUGCGGCCGGGCCCAAGCAGUUGGCGGCGGGCGGCCACCGUGGUGCUGGCUGCGGGCUGGACGCUCCCGGUCACCGCCGCCCCGUCGCGGCCCCCGCCGCCCGCCGAGGGCUUCCGGCUGCUGCUGCUGCUACGCUCCGCGCGCCAAGGCUUCUUGCCCGGGGCGCACGUCUUCCCGGGUGGGGUGCUGGACGCGGCAGACCGCUCGGCCGACUGGCUGCGCCUCUUCGCGCCGCACCACCGGCCGCCCCGCUUCGGUCUGGGCCCGCCGCCGCCCAGACGCGCCACCUUCCCGGUGCUGCCAGAUGCCAGGCCCGGAGCCGCCGACGGGGACGAGGCGACGCUGCCGGAUGACGUUGCCUUCCGCAUCUGCGCCAUCCGCGAGGCCUUCGAGGAGGCUGGCGUGCUGCUGCUGCGGCCCAGGGGCCCCGGGCCCGCCGCGCCCGAGCCGGGCCGCGCCCUCGCGCCGCCGCCGGCCCUGGCCGACUGGCGCGCCCGCGUCCGCCGAGACCCGCAGCACUUCCUGCGCCUGUGCGCUCACCUAGACUGCACUCCCGACAUCUGGGCGCUGCACGACUGGAGCGCCUGGCUCACGCCUUUCACGCAGCGCCGUGGCCGCCGCUUCGAGACCACCUUCUUUCUGUGCUGCCUGUCCGAGCCGCCGCCGGUCUUCCCCGACUUGGUGGAGGUGGUGGACUGCCAGUGGUCAUCUCCGUCAGAGGCAACUGAAAGCUUCAUAUCAAAGGAAAUUUGGCUUGCGCCUCCACAGUUCUAUGAAAUAAGAAGACUAGAACACUUUGCCUCUCUCUCUGACUUGCACAAAUUUUGUUUGGAUCGUGAAUUAGAAGGGGUGGAAAGAUGGCUGCCGAUCACAUUAUUAACUGCUGAUGGAACAAUCCAGCUUUUACCAGGAGAUGAGAUGUACUUAGAAGAUUCAAACUUGCUAGAAAAUUUUAUGUACACUGAAAAAAAGAAUGAAGAAAUCAUGAAAGAAGGCAAGAAAUUUCACCGAGUAGUGAUGUACAAUCGCCAUGAUUAUAACAUCUACGUGACAGUUCAGUCAAAGUAUAAACAUGUUUACCCUAAGAACUAUGUAGUGAGUAAGAGCCGUCUGUAGAGAACGGCUUCUUUGUAAGCUGGCCUCCUUGAAGUUGUCCUGAUGAAAAAUGAGGGUUGACUAGACGUGCCUGGAACUUAAGGAACUUUGUGCCUGUAAGUUCUAGUACGGUCUUUCAAGUGUAUUACGGAGCUCUCUUAUUUUAUUCUUUAAACCUUACAGUAUCACACAAGUAUGAAGUAUUAAUGAUCUUGUUACCAAAACGAGAAAAAAAUUUUCACGAGGGUUUCCACUUCUGUAUUGUUUUGUUAUCAGAAGUUUAAAUAAGAUGUUCUACUGUAUUGUCUUUUAACUGUAUUAGCACUCUGCCUGAUGUGCUGGGAGAUUGAUCCAUGAAUUCCUUAGACUUUCUGCUGGAAUUAAUUUAAGGGUGUAUGAUUAGAUACAUGGUGAACGGUAGACUGAGGUGACCUUCAAGUGACAGUGUCAUUAUUUUCUUAUGACUUUAGCUUGAUGAUUAAGAGAUAAUUAUGUUUAAAACAAAUGGCGUGAGUUAUUAGGUUUACCAAAUUGGAAAUUCGUUUAGUGACUGUUGUAAAGAAAUAUGAAGCCACAACAAAAGCCAUAAUUAUUUUUACCUUGGAGGGCUAGUUAACAGAAUACAGAGAGGUUAGAGGGUUGUAGAACUAUUCAUCAUUUAAUGGUACUUACUAAUGGUGUUUGUUUUCAGUGUUUUUAAUAUGGGUAAUUUUUUCACCUCCUCUUAAGAGGAAUAAUGUUUAUUGAUUAAAGAUGGGAAAUGGUUUAGAACGCCAGUUCAUUUUAGAUCUUUGACUAUAUUAUGCAUUGUACAUUGAAUUUCAUUUUUCAUGAAAUGUUCUGGUUUUCCUACCUAUAAAAU